AAGGUCUCGUGGAGCGGCGUGCCAACAGAGGAGCGUGAUGGCUGCUGGAUUGGCGUGUACUCGCCCAGUGCAAACGUGAGCGCCAUCCCGCCCAUGGACUACCCUGCAACCGCCCCUUGGACAGCCACCGCCACGGUCAAGUACCAGUACUGCAAAGUUUCCCCUGACUUCUACUCGACCGGUAGCGGCUCGUACCGCUUCAACCUGAUCAACAUGCGCGACGAUGUCGUGUUCUGGCUCCUCUUUGGCGGCAUCGACAAACCACGUGCCAUCGCAAAGACCUCGAGCAUCUCCUUUAACGACACAGAGGUGCCCAAGCAGAUUGUCACUGCGCUGACGGGCGACCCAACAGAGAUGCGCGUGACAUGGAACUCUGCCAGUGGCACGGGGGCCAAGCUGCGCUAUGGUAUCAACGGCCAGUCCAAGGUGCACACCAUUGACGCAAACACGACGACAUACACCAGGGAUGACCUGUGCGGUGCCCCCGCCACCACUCAGGGCUGGCGUGACCCAGGUUACUUCCACACCGCCAUCAUCAAGGGUUUGAAGCCAGGCAAGUCUGUCGUCUGGUACCAGUGCUUCAGCAACAACACCUGGUCCACCGUGCACACGUUUACGGCGGCCAAGCCUGCCGAUGCCAAGGCGUCACUGCACAUUGUCGCCACCGCAGACGUCGGUGCUGCCCAGCGCGACGGCUGUCACUACCACUGGGAGACCCCAGACGCCAAUCUGACGUACAUGCACAUGGGCGAGCACGGCGCCGCCGAUCUCGCCCUCCACAUUGGCGACAUCUCAUAUGCCACGGGCUACGCCUCCAAGUGGGAUGUGUUCAUGACGCAAGCCUCCCCACUUGCCGCAGCAACACCUCUGAUGACUGCGCUUGGAAACCACGAGCAAGACUUCCCCGGCAAAGUUUACUACAACUCGGUUGACUCUGGUGGUGAGUGCGGUAUUCCCACAGUGACCCGCUUCCCCAUGCCCACCCCAACUGGCGACCAGCAAAAGGGCUGGUACUCGUUUGACAUGGGCCCUGUGCACUUCUUGAUGAUGGACACGGAGCUUGAGUGCGGCCCGGGCAGUGAGCAGUACAAGUUCUUUCAGAAGGACCUCUCCAGUGUGGACCGCAACGUCACGCCUUGGAUUGUCUUUGGAGGUCACCGCCCCAUGUACUAUGUGCUUGAGGAUGGCAGCCACAUUGAUCCGCAUUUCCAGGUGCUGGAGCCUCUGCUGGUGAAGCACCAGGUGGACCUCAUCCUUGUUGGCCACGUGCACAACGCGCUGCGCACGUGCCCCGUGAACAACGGGACGUGCCAGCAGCCGUCGAAGCAAGGCGGCUACGAUGCCCCGAUUCACGUGUGCAUUGGCAAUGGCGGCAUGGGCCUGACCAAGAUCCCGGAGACGCGCGCCGCCUGGACCGAGUACCAGGCCUACGAAUGGGGUUACAGCACCAUCGACGUCAACGCCACCCACCUCCACAUGCAACUGUUUGCCGAUGAGAGCAACGAGCUGCACCACGAGUUCACCAUUGAGCGGUCCUUCCCACGCGACAUGUCCGCCACUGGCGUUCCUCGUCGUGCUGCCGUUUGAACUUGGCGCCGCUGCGUGUUUUCUGCCCUCCUCUUUGUUGGAAAACACCAUUUUCUGUCACCUGACCGCCGUUUUGCCACAUCUUCCUGUGUUUCGGCGACCCUUCCCGCCACAAUAAAAAAGCCCCACAACGAACAGCGCCCCCUGGGCACAACACACGCACACGUGCC